UUAUUUUGUAAGCUGAAUCUUGUCCCCAACAAACAUGAUGAUGGAUCAUCACAUUCAUGACUCUGAGUCUCUCUCACUACUACACUACACCACCAACGAAAAGGACCCAAACCAGCUUCCAGAGGGGACCAUGACCAUGGACCCUCCUCCUUCGUUAACCGACCCUUCUUCUUCUUCUUCUUCUUCUUCUUCUUCUCUCAGGUGGGCAAUUCUUCGCCACGCCUUUCUUCCUCGCCCCCCUUCUCCAGAUCCUGACAAGCAACCUGAAAUAGGUAUUAAGAGUAUUUCUAGGAAGGCGAUUCGUGGGUUUAACUUGAUACAGUUCCAUGUAAAGGAGGAAAAUUCAGAUUCUUUGUCCACCUCCAGAGAUGUUUGCGUUUUUUACACAUUACCCAUCACUGGUUCCCCAGAACUAUGUUUAUUUCAGAGAGCUGACAAUCAUGCUGAUCUCUAUGAUUUUGAGAUCUGUAACAGCUACAACAUUGACAACACCGGCCUUGUUUGUUGUUGGCCAUCAGAAGAUGUCCUUGCUUAUUAUUGCUUGUCUCAUGUGGACAUCUUCAGGUCCAAAAAGGUUAUUGAACUUGGAUCAGGAUAUGGUUUAGCUGGUUUAGUUAUUGCAGCAGUCACAGAUGCAUUGGAAGUUGUGAUCUCAGAUGGGAACCCUCAAGUAGUUGAUUAUAUUCAGCGUAACAUUAAUGCCAACUCUGGUGCAUUUGGUGGCACUCUAGUGAAGUCCAUGAUUUUGCACUGGGAUCAGCGAGAAAUCUCAGAUAAUUCCAACAGCUUUGAUGUCAUUGUAGCAAGUGACUGCACUUUCUUCAAGGAAUUCCACAAAGGCCUCGCUCAAACCGUCAAAUUCUUGUUAAAAAGCGAGGGCCCCUCAGAAGCUAUAUUUUUCAGCCCUAAAAGAGGCAACUCAUUGGACAGGUUUCUAGUGGAAAUAAAAGAGAUUGGCUUGCAUUUCAGCAUAACUGAGAUCUACGACACACAAAUUUGGAAGCGUCAUCAGGGUUUUUUGAAUGGCAAUAAUGCGUGGCCUAACUACGAGAAGGAUCACUGCUACCCAUUAUUGGUCAGAAUCGCUCUGUGAACAUCUGGAGCCCAUUUUUGUUCUGUACAUGUUCCAGGUAGUUCAUAUUCGUCACAAAAUCUAACUGUUUCUUUUUGUUUAUUGGUUGAUUGGUUUGUCGUAUGCAUUGGUUUUCAUGUACAGACAACAGCACUUCACUUUUUCCUAGUUUAUUGGUAGGUCCCGACAAUACUUGCAUUCCACAUAUUUUCCACUGCAUUUCAUAGGUCCUCAGUCCUCACUGAUAGCGUUUACCAAUUGGAAUCGUUUGGUUACUGUUUUUGAUUGAUCUUUUUUCUUAUCGGAAUGGGUUUUUAUUGAUCUAUUAUUCCAUGAAUAAUUGCUUUCCUUUUAACUUGAUUGCUAUAUGUGAUCAUCCUUGAAACUUUUGACAUGCAAGAAGAUUCCAUUUCAUUAUUAAGGGAUAAAAAGGAAACUACUAAACAAAGACUCCACCAAGAAUAUAAUGCAGGACAAUGUCAAAAAGAAGAAAACAGAUGCUUUCUGGAUAAAGUAUAUUAGUAGCAUUUUUUGGUAGUGGGAGAGGGUUUUUUUUUUGAUUUUUUUUUUUGUUCAAAUGUGUUGGAUCCUUGGCCUUUAAUGAAAAUUGUAAAUAUAUAACUGGAUAGACAAUUUGUCCUUAGAAGACUGAUGCAUGGUUGAGAAUUCCAUUGCAUUAAGCCGAAUUAUUAUGAAAAUCUCAUGGAAUAGGGAAUGUUUUGGUUACAGAUA